GACGUGGGACUGAGGGAAAGAGACUUGACUUGAAUGAGAACGAGCUGGAGAGGCGCUCGGCAGCAGACAUUCCAGCACCCGCAGAGGAGCGGACAACACAGCUGCAGACAUGCCGGGCAAUGGGAUGGAGCCCCGGGCUCUGAAAUACGAGCAGACCCUGAUGUAUGGGCGCUACACUCAGGACCUUGGACUUUACGCUAAAGAGGAGGCUGCUCGAAUUCGGCAAGAAACAGAACGCCGCAAACCAGGCAGAGAGGACCAACCACGGGUAGCAGAGCUAAAAGAAUAUGAUGAGAGCCGUUGUGCCAAGUGUAGAAUAUGUUGCGUUCAUACUCAGCGACUUUUGUUGUCACAUAUUGGGGAAGACUGGAUAUUCCUUAUUCUUCUGGGCUUGCUGAUGGCUCUUGUCAGUUGGGUCAUGGAUUUCACUAUUGCAGUUUGCCUACAAGCUCACAAGUGGAUGUAUGGUGGUUUGGAAACUAAUAUUUUUCUACAGUACUUGGCCUGGGUCACAUAUCCUGUCGUCCUCAUUACUUUCUCUGCAGGAUUCACACAGAUCAUGGCGCCUCAGGCUGUAGGUUCUGGCAUUCCAGAGAUGAAGACUAUUCUGCGUGGUGUGGUACUAAAAGAAUACCUCACCCUUAAAACUUUCAUUGCCAAAGUCAUUGGACUUACUUGUGCCCUUGGUAGUGGAAUGCCACUUGGAAAAGAAGGCCCAUUUGUGCAUGUUGCCAGUAUGUGUGCUGCUCUGCUCAGCAAGUUCAUGUCGCUGUUUGGUGGAAUAUAUGAAAACGAGUCUCGUAACAUUGAGAUGUUGGCGGCAGCCUGUGCUGUUGGAGUUGGAUGCUGCUUUGCUGCUCCUAUUGGAGGAGUCCUGUUUAGCAUUGAGGUCACCUCAACAUUUUUUGCUGUGAGAAAUUACUGGCGUGGUUUCUUUGCUGCCACCUUCAGUGCUUUCAUAUUCCGAGUCUUAGCUGUAUGGAACAAGGAUGAGGAGACCAUCACUGCUUUAUUUAAAACCCGCUUUCGUCUGGACUUUCCCUUUGACCUGCAGGAACUUCCAGCUUUUGCUGUGAUUGGGAUUGCCAGUGGAUUUGGUGGUGCACUGUUUGUUUACCUGAAUCGGAAAAUUGUAGAAUUCAUGAGGAAGCAGAAAACCAUUAACAAGUUUCUUAUGAAAAAGCGCUUGUUGUUUCCUGCUGUGGUCACCCUGCUCAUAUCCACUCUGACAUUCCCUCCUGGAUUUGGACAGUUCAUGGCUGGUCAGCUGACCCAGAAAGAAACCCUGGUAACACUGUUUGAUAAUUGCACAUGGGCUCAACAAGGUGUAUCAGAGGACUUUAUGUACAAAGGAGCCUCCAGUGCCUGGAAAAACCCGAAAACAAAUGUGUUUGUUAGCCUGGUGGUCUUCAUCCUAAUGAAGUUUUGGAUGUCUGCUCUGGCUACUACAAUCCCAGUGCCAUGUGGAGCAUUCAUGCCAGUCUUUGUGAUUGGUGCUGCAUUUGGCAGGUUGGUUGGCGAGAGCAUGGCUGCUUGGUUCCCAGAUGGUAUUCACAGCGAUGGAAGUACAUAUCGGAUUGUACCUGGUGGUUACGCAGUUGUUGGUGCUGCAGCACUGUCUGGAGCAGUCACACAUACCGUGUCUACAGCAGUCAUUGUCUUUGAGCUGACUGGACAGAUUUCCCACAUCUUACCAGUGAUGAUAGCAGUCAUUCUCGCAAAUGCCGUAGCACAGAGUCUUCAGCCAUCACUUUAUGACAGCAUUAUCCGCAUCAAAAAAUUACCUUAUCUUCCAGAACUGGGUUUUGGUCACCAAGAGAGGUACAAUGUGCGAGUUGAGGACAUCAUGCUGAGAAACAUCCCCUUUUUGACACUGAACACCAAAUAUCGAGAGCUGCAGGAGCUUCUUGCAGACUGCCGAAUGAAGAGUCUGGCGCUGGUGGAGACAGCAGAGUCCAUGGUGUUGCUGGGCUCGAUUGACUGCUCUCAGCUGGUGUCUUUGUUGAGGUUUCAGCUCAGCAGAAAGCUUCGCCUACAGCAGCUGAGAGAGAGAGAGGAUGGGGGUAGAAAGGAAACCGAGAGCACUGUACGAUUCCAGAUUGCCACAGAGGAAUCCACAUUUUCUCCUCCCAAAGUCAUAGAGGCAAAGAAGCCCCUGAAGCCUGCUUUAAAACGUAACCAGAGUAGCCUAACUGAAUAUUCCCAAGAUGAAUCUGAUAAUUCAGUAACUGCCUUGAAAAAUAUAUUCUGUGCCAAAGAUUUCAGGCAGGAUGUAGAGGGUGAAGAUAUGGAAGAGAUAGACGUUAUGUCGCCAUCACAGAUUUUACAGUGGGAAGAACAACAGCUGGAUGAAACUAUCAAUUUCAACAACUGCAAGAUUGACCCCGCACCUUUUCAGCUGGUGGAGAGAACAUCUCUUCAUAAAGCUCACACUAUUUUCUCAUUGCUUGGAAUGGACCAUGCAUAUGUCACCUCUAUAGGGAGACUGAUUGGGAUGGUAACCUUAAAAGAGCUCCGCAAAGCCAUAGAAGGCUCAGUGACUCAGAAGGGUGCAAAGGUACGUCCUCCUCUGGCCAGUUUCCGGGACAGCUUCACAAGUAGCAGUGAGACAGAGACUGCCAAUGUCGGAAAACUAUGGGAGAGAAGUCGACGGCACCUUCUACCUCGUGAGUCCAGCCCAUCUGAUAGUGACGACAAGUGACCUGACUGUCAACUCUUCACCCAUCUUAAACCUGGAGGAUUAUUGAACUUCAGUACUGCCAUUUGUGUCACAAAGCAUAAUGCACAGAUGAACAUUUAAAUCAGAGUCUUCCAUGUCAACUCCAAAAAAACACGAGUUGGAUUAUUUUGUGGCCUCUUUUGGCCUUCAAUCCAGAAGUGCCCUGCAGCUUCUCAAUGAAGUAAACACGUGGCUUGUGAUAAUCACAGGACUUGGUGCAAUCUAGGACAGAUGUAAUAACACAGUGGCUAGACAAGAACUGAUCUACCAUAAAUCAGUAGCCAUAUAUUUUAUUUAUCCACCUGAUGUAUGCUGGAAAUGGAAGGUUUAAAACGCACA